UCCUGCUUUCCCAAACCGCGUCCCCAUCACAAACACACUUUAAUGAACAAUUACUUCGCCGACGAAAAGAAAAGACCACGAGAGCUCCUCCAUUUCACUCUGCACCAACCAUUCAAACCCUCCAAUCCAAAAUAUCACUCUCUUUACUGGCAGUUUCACCCCACCCUCCUUCCCUUCCUUAAUCCCCAAGCUUUCUCUUCCUCCUCCUCUUAUAUGUUCGUUGAUUCAGAAAACCAAAUUAAAAACGAGAUCAGAGAUUCAGAGCCAAUUAAGAAACCAGAAAUCUGACCAGGAAUUUCUGAAAUAUGGGUAGUGAAAUUGUGGUUGUUCCCUUUUUCGGGCAGGGCCACCUCUUCCCCUGCGCCGAGCUCUGCAAACACCUCACCUCCCGGAAUUACAGAACUACACUCGUCAUCUCCUCUAAUCUCUCCCCUUCCAUCCCCACCUCUCUCCGUAAUCACCCCCUCAUCCGAAUCGCUGAAAUCCCCACGUCUCCACCGUCCCCUCCUCCGCCUUCCGCGGCGGCGGGAUCCGACCCUUUCCAGCCGCACCGCCAGCUCCACCAGAACAUGGCCCAAGGCCUCCAAUCCCUCCUCGCGACCCGAUCCGAAGAUCCGGACUCCGCCAUGCCCGUUUGCGCCGUGCUCGACGUCAUGAUGGGCUGGAGCAAAGAAGUCUUCGAUCGAUUCGGCGUUCCCACCGUGAGUUUCUUCACCUCCGGCGCCUGCUCCGCCGCCAUGGAGUACGCCGCGUGGAAGGCCCACCCGGAGGAUAUGAAACCCGGCGAGAUCCGACUGCUUCCGGGUUUGCCCGAGGAAAUGAGCCUCACGUUAGGCGAUCUGAAACGACGAGAACGCCGACCUCCCCACCUCCGGGACUCCGGCCCACCUGGCCCUCCCGGUCCGGGUAUGAGUGGUCCGUUUGGUCCACCUGGUAUGCCGGGUCCUCGAAGCGGUGCUCCGUUUGGUGCAGGCGGCCCUCCAAUGGGGCCACCUGGCCCUCCCGGUCUGGGUAUGAGUGGUCCGUUUGGUCCACCUGGUAUGCCGGGUCCUCGAAGCGGUGCUCCAUUUGGUGCAGGCGGCCCUCCAAUGGGGCCACCUCAACCAGGCCACCAACCCCCCUGGGUGGCAGAGAUUGAGGGCACGAUUGCUGUGUUAAUCAACACGUGUGAUGAUCUAGAACGUCCGUUCAUUGAUUACGUCGCAAAGCAAACCGGUUUGCCAGUUUGGGGCGUCGGACCGCUCCUACCCGAGCAGUAUUGGAAAUCCGCCGGAUCCCUUCUUCAUGACCGCGAAAUCCGACCCAACCGGAAAUCGAAUCACUCCGAGGACGAGGUGAUCCAAUGGCUAGAUUCAAAGCCACGUGGAUCUGUGCUCUACGUGUCGUUCGGCAGCGAGGUGGGGCCAACUCUGGAGGAGUAUAGCCAAUUAGCGGCUGCACUGGAGUCCUCUAGGUGGCCGUUUAUUUGGGUCAUCCAGCCGGGUUCUGGAACACCCGGGCCACCCAAAACACUAUUGGGCGGGGAAGCUGGACCGGGUUGCCCGGAGGCCGUAGAAGGGUACUACCCACAUGGGUUAGAAAGCAGAGUGGGGAAAAGAGGAUUGAUAAUACAUGGGUGGGCACCGCAGUUGCUGAUACUAAGUCAUCCAUCGACGGGUGGAUUUUUGUCGCACUGCGGGUGGAAUUCGACGGUGGAAGCGAUCGGGCGAGGGGUUCCAUUUUUGGCGUGGCCCAUAAGGGGAGACCAAUACUUUGAUGCGAAGCUAGUGGUGUGCCAUUUGAAGGUAGGGCACAUGGUGUCCGAUGGAGAUUUAAGUGAGAUGGUUGAGGCAGAGGACAUAGGACGAGGCAUAGAGAGGGUGAUGGUGGAUGAGGAGAUGAAGAAGAGGGCGGCGACCCUGAGCGCUAAGUUUGAAAAUGGUUUUCCGGCGAGCUCGGCAGCUGCUUUGGAUGCUUUUGGGAAUUUCAUUAAAGAAAAAGUUCAAUAGAUGGUUGUGUGAUUUGAUCGAAAUUAUAUGUUUUGUUUUGCUUAGAAUCGUGAAGUACAGUGUUGAAGAAUUCAUUUCAAUCAGAGUUUUUUUUUUCUUUCUGAGUUUGUUCUUUGUAUUAUUUUUCAUUUUAUUUUUCGCAUAGAAUGGCUGACGAAGCAGUGUAACAUUUAAAUUGACUUGGAUAAAUUACACUACCAAGGACAGAACUUUUAUCUCA